UGUAUGUGUACAUUCGAUGCAUGUUGUAUAUUGGCUUCUCGCGCCUCCCUCUGAGGGAUAUACGCGUAAUCGUAUUACAACGGAGAGCAUAUAUAAACUUUAUAUAGCAAUGUGGUGCGAUCUCUUUUAUUCGCUUGAUUAUUUUCAAUCGUAUCGUGUAAAUAGCUGGCUGUAAAAUUUACACGUAUCAUUGCAACUUCGGGUUUAUUAUGUUUUUACUUGGGAUGCGUUUAAUUCUGCAACUGUCAAAAUCGUAAAUAAAGCGUUUGAGGGGUCGCCAGUGCUUUAAUUAUUUACGUAAAUAAUAACAAUAGGUAACCCCUACUUCGCUAUGUUUACGUUUAGAGCUGUUGCAGAAUUAAUUGUUUACUCCCACGUGUUAUGUAGUAAGUUUGUAACAUAUAUCGUAAGCAUCAUAAGCAUGAUCCGAUUCCCAGAGAGAUUAUACACCUACGAUGCAUCCAUCUGCUGCAUACCAACUUCUCUCCCGUGCACACAUCCUUAUGAUGGACGAGACGUUUCGUAUACAUUCGUAUAUCUACGUACACAGUAAUUACAAUGUCAACGAAUGCACUCAAAGUACUGAAAAAAAGACGGCAAACGAGAGCAAGAUAAAGAGACGAUUCAAAUCUAGCGGGGAAAAACAUGCGUUGCAUGCACGACUCAUAGUAUACAAAAGACUUGAUUGUGCCAAGUCCGGAUAGGAGAGCCAUCGCAGAACGUGUGUUACAAUAUCCAUCAAAGCCUCGCAGCAAAUUACAUCUGGUUUUGUGUAGUGCCGCGACAAAACAUGUCUCAACUCGUUCGUAAGACAGUUGUCAGCGCCGCUCCGCCGCGCGCGUGUCGUUCAGCUCAGUUCAGUCAGUGAUCAAUCCGCGUCUACAAGCGCAGUACACGUUACGACGCCUCAGCGUAAACAGCAAAAGAUCGAGCGGACCAAGUGUUUUUGUGAGUGCGUGAAAAAAAUGGCCGCCGACGGCAGGUUCGAACUUUUUCAGGGCUUCAUAUACGGUAUCUUAGCCAAUCAAACGAGCCGAGAACAAUUCGAUAGACUGAGGAGCAUGCGAGAUAACGUCAACUGGGACCGCGAAGUCGAGCGACGCGAAUUGUUCGACCGACUCAGAGAUCUGUUCUGGGGUUGGAACGAGCGACUUCCAAACCUCCGAGAUAUCUUUCGUCGCGACGAGAUGGAUUGGCUUCUCGCGGAGUACGUCAAGACCGACGACGCCAAGUCGCCGCCGCAUCCCAUCUUGCAUUUUGCCAUCGCCGCCGGCUACAGGGACGAGCCCGAGUUGGGCCCGGACGGCAAGCCGUCGUCCGCCCGUCGCACGACGCCGCUCCAUCAACUGUUCAAGUUCUGCACCUUCCCCUACUGGAACUUCGUGGCGCGCGAUCUGUUUCAGAUCUACAACAGAUUCGACGUGAACUACGCCGACGAGCGUGGCCGUACGCAUUUUCACGCGGCCUGCAAGUACGGCUGCAACGAGGCGGUGAGGCGAUUUCUCGAGUCGGGACUCGAUCUCAAGCGUCUCGCGCGAGAAACGGACCCGACCGUGAUCGAUCCACCGCUGCACUUGGCCCUGGACAAUCAGAACGAGGAAGUGUUCAAGCUGCUGCUGAAACACGGCGCCGACCCGAACUCGGCCAACGAGUUCGGUGAGACUCCCCUGCACGAAAUUUCUACGUACGACGGGUUGCAAGGAUUUGGGAAGAUACUGUUCGAGAUCAGCGACGAGAGAAAUCAGACGCUGCGGGUCGACGCUCGAAACAGCAGAGGACUGACUCCGCUGCAUUUCGCCGUGGAAUAUUUCCAGCCGGACACGCUCGAACUACUGUUGAAUCGCGGCGCCGAUAUGUCGGACUUCGUUUUUCCCAGGGAUUGCUUCGAGGACGAUGAACCGUACGAUUACAAAGAGUGCGACGCUAAUUUGAUAAUGGCGUAUCGCAUGCUGGAGGUCAUCGAACUCCUGGAAAAAAAAGGAUACGUAAUGGAUAGAACGGACGGUUUCAUGAUCGUGAGUUGGAUGCAGCGGUACUUCUUCGCCGUCGAGAUACAAGAUUUUGAUUUCUGGGGCAGACACGGAAACCUCGUGGACAGGACGAAGGAAUUGACGGUGAUCCCGAGCUUGUCGCUUUACGACUUGAUCGAGAUGCGUUCCGACGAGGCCAAGCGACUGCUCGCGCACAAGGACUACCACGAAUUCGUGACUUCGAACGAAUUCAGGCAGCUUCCCCACAAAUUUCGCGAAGAUUGCUUGCCGCGACUGUGCGAGAAAAUGUGCAGAAAAUUUUUCUGGCGUUGGGCACUGGAGCCCCUCUUGGAGUUUACACGUCAACGAUUGCCGAUACUCUGCUGCGAAAAAAUCAUGAACUAUCUGAAGAACGAGGAUUUGUACACCGUGUUCGAAACGGUUGAAAUGUACGGAGAAGAUUAUUUUGUCGAAGAUGCGUGAUACCGUUCGCGGAGAAAUUUUAAUUUUUUUUUUUUGUAACUUUUCCAAACAUGAGUUUUUUUUCUAUUUUUUCGAAUUUUUCUAUGUUUAUUGUUUUCCAUGUACGAAUCUCAAGGAGUUUCACAAUCCCAUCUUUGUAAUUAAUGUUU